AUGCUGUCUUUUCUUCUCUACCAAGUUUUGCUACUGAGGCCAAGUGAGCCACUCAAGUUAGGACUUAUUGAUGAUGAAGACAAUUUACAACCGUUGUGCAACGCUGCUUUGGAAGAAGCAAAACAGAAUGCGGCUUGCGUGUCUGACACGAUUCAAAUUGUCCUUCGAAUUGGAUGCAACGAGAACCGCCCAUCAAAAGGAACAUCUAUGGCUGCUGAGCUGUUUUUUAAAGAAAACGUUUUCCCGAACACAGUCAAUGUAGCGACUUCGUCCUCCGCCGGUCUUGCUCAAUCACUAUUACAACUUGCUAGGCAGUUAGAUGAGAUACAAAUAACGCUCGUUGGACCUCCAACUAGGAAUACCGAUCAGUAUUCCAUUACCAAUGCCAUUUACGAUUAUCUAAAUGCUACGGGUUCGAUGCUGAUUAGGAAGAAUAUCGAAGUAAGAAAGGACUACAUUGGUAUAUCAGACACUAUUCGCUCUCUACAAAUGUCAACGAAAGUUGUUGCCAUCGGUACAGAUUUUGAAAACCUGAAAGAAGCGCUGGGCCAACUCGAUGUUCGUAGCUUGUCCAGUAACUCAUACAUUGUAAUUAUGCUCUGCUCUAGUCCAGUAGAGAACUGUUUUGCUAAUCCUGACGCAAGAUCUGUAAUUGCGAACAAUGAUAUAAUGGUGCUAGCACCGAGGAUGGAGAACUACGCUAUGGCAAGCACAAAGUUAUCAACACUCAUUUCUAAUCCUGUUAUGGGGAAUAUGGACAGAUAUAUAUCCCUGUACAAUUCUUGCUAUGGAUACUGCUUCGGAAUAAAAGUCGGUGGAACGGGAGAUACACAGACUUUCUCGGCAACAAUGAAAUCAAAAUCGUUUUCCAAUUCCCUGGGAACAUUUCAGUUUGAUGGUGGAGGCACCCUCCUCUAUGAUUAUUACCUCUACACUCUGCCCGGCAGGGAUGAAUCGUACAACGUCAUCAUGCAAAUGCUUACACAGACCAGCCAGUGCACUUCGAUCACUUGCUUCACUUUGACAGGAAGACCACUAGAUCUCGAUUUUCUAGCAGCUAAGCAGAAACAACAGGUAGCCGAAUGCUUGCGAAUGGGAAACUGUCGAAAUCAUCUUGGUUUAAUACUUGGCGUAGUAUUUGGUUCAAUCGCUAUAAUUGCUAUUGUUGUUGGCUACAUCAUCAAUAGAAGGCAUCGCCUCAAUGUGUACCGCAUGCACUGGAAAAUUCCGAAAGAUCAAGUGAAGAUAAUCGAAAAUAAGCAGGCAAAUUUCAAAGGGUCCAAGGCAGGCGAUGGUAUCUCAGGAAAAAGAAGGACGGUGGCGUCAUAUGCUUUACUUGGCAGUAAUAAAGCCGAGUUUAUGUCUUUGAAGCAUAUUAAGAAAAUUAAAUGGACCAAACCUGAACUGAAAUUUCUCUAUGAAAUGCGACAACUCAAUCAUGACAAUCUGUCCACUUUUCUUGGGAUCUGUGUCAAUGAGAGCGAUAACUUUUAUAUUCUAUAUGCACUUAUAGACAGAGCUUCUUUAGAGGAUUUUAUCAAAGAUGCAGAUUUUCCGAUCGAUGACCUAUUUAGAUCCGCAUUUUUACGAGAUAUAUUGAAGGGCCUGCAAUACCUUCACAAGUCUCCAAUUGGAUACCAUGGUCUGUUGCUGACCAAACAUUGUCUCGUCGAUUCAAACUGGGUACUGAAGUUGACGCAUUUUGGUGUAGCGAGCAUGCUUCACGAGCUCAUAGCCGACAACGUUCUACACAUUAUGCCGGAGCAUAACCUAAACCCUGACUAUUUUCCUAUGUUCGCACCGGAACUACUCAAAGAAACAGGGAACUGUGACAACUAUCCUAGAGGAUCACCACAGGGAGAUGUUUACAGUUUAGGAAUGAUACUGUAUUGGCUACUUUACAGAGAAGAUCCGUUUUCGAAAACGGGUCUGAGAGGAAGAGCGUUAGUCGCCGAGAUUCUGAAACGGCGACUGAAGCCCGAAGUGGACGAUUAUGACGGCUCGGCAGAACAAAAGGCGCUUACACGCUUGAUGAAAGAAUGUUACGCUACAGCUUCCGAAUCCCGGCCAAGCCUUCGCAACGUCUUCACGGCUGUAAAUAAAGCCUUCAGUGCAUCGAAGGGAAAUUUGGUCGACCAGAUGUUAAGGAUGAACGAAAAAUAUGCACAAAAUUUGGAGCAAAUAGUAGCUGAGAGGAAUGCUAUGCUACAAGAAGCUCAAGAACAAACAAACAGACUUCUUAACGAAAUGCUACCUGCAUCCAUUGCUCAAAUCCUCAAAGAGGGUGGAAGCAUACCUCCACGAAGCUAUGAUGCGGCUACAGUAUGCUUUGUUCAGCUGUGCGACUUUCCAGCACUUGUCAGAAAAAGUAGAUCCGACGAGGUUAUAAGCUUCCUAAACGACAUUUUUGACCGCUUUGACAGCAUCAUCAAAAAGCACGACGCUUACAAAGUUGAAACGACCGGAGAGACAUACAUGGUAGCGUCAGGAGUGCCAAACGAAAACGAUGGUCGACAUAUUGUCGAAAUUGCUGAAUGCAGCUUGGACAUCAGAGAGGAAUCCUACACCUAUGUUGUAACGCAUUGCCCAGACUUCAAGGUUCGCGUACGUAUAGGUUUCCACUGUGGGCCGAUCGCAGCUGGAGUGAUCGGAAUCCGUUCGCCAAGAUAUUGUUUAUUCGGCGAUACGGUGAACUUCGCCUCUAGAAUGCAGUCAAAUUGCCCGCCGAAUCAAAUACAAACUAGUGAAGUGACAGCACUAAGGCUCAUGACCACAAACGAAUACUCUUUAGUCAAGAGAGGAAUUGUGCAAGUCAAAGGAAAAGGAGAAGUAAAUUGCUACUGGCUAAAUGAACACAUUCAUGACGCUCACCAUCAUGGACACUUGCCUACACCACCAACAACAUCAGGGAUGUUUCGUCCAAACUGAAGAGCGACACCUGUUCUAAUCCUUGAUCUGUG